GGGUAGGGCUGGUGGCGCGCCCGCGGCGGCGGUGGCGGCUCCGGGACGGGUGCUGGGGAAGUGUCCCCGUGCCCCGCGGCAGCAGCAGCAGCAGUGCCAGCGUCACACUGCGCCGGGGCGAUGCGGCUGUGAGAGGGGCGCCGUGGGGACAGGCUGCCUGGGUGUGCAUUAGGAUCACUUCACAUUAUACUUCUGAACUUCAAAAAUCUGAAAGGCCCAACCAACUUCAGGAGAGCUCUCCUGUCUGUCAGCUGAAUCAGAGGCUUUUGUUAGCCCUGUAUCCAAGGAACACAGUACUGCUUGUGAAAGGAAAAUGUUGUUCAAAACACAGUGGGCCAAGAAGCUGGAAAACCUGCGUUGCCAAAACCAGUAGGUGGUAUUAUGGAUAGAAGGUCUGAAACAAGACGUCCUUAUAUCAGCAUUAUGCCAUCUUUGAAUUGCCAAGAUGGAUGUGUAUGCCAACACAGUGGAGAACACAAGAGAUUGAACAAUGUUCAGGAAGAGACUUCUUCACCAGCGGGCCAAGAAGCUGGAAAACCUGCGUUGCCAAAACCAGUAGGUGGUAUUAUGGAUAGAAGGUCUGAAACAAGACGUCCUUAUAUCAGCAUUAUGCCAUCUUUGAAUUGCCAAGAUGGAUGUGUAUGCCAACACAGUGGAGAACACAAGAGAUUGAACAAUGUUCAGGAAGAGACUUCUUCACGUUCCAGGCCAUUAGUUCAACUUCCUUCAUGUUUAUGGGAUGAGAUACUGUUAAAAAAUAUUGCAACUGGAGAACCUGUUUGUCAGACUAAUUUGAGCCGAAUUUUAGAGACAAGCACUUUACCAGUUUCUCUAGCUUCUUAUGAAGUGGAAGGCAACCAAAUCACAGGGAACAUUCAGAAUCCUGAUAAAAAUUCUGAACACGUCACUGAACAUGCUUCUGGAGUGUCUAAUGAUUUGAAUGGUCACAAUGGAAUUGCUUUUGUAAACAUCGAUUCUUAUGAGCCAGAUAGCAGUGAUGGAGAAGAUGAUGAUGGACAAGACCAGGUAUGUUUGGGAAGAGAAGGAGCAGGUGUAUUUCAGGAAGCACUAGAUGACGUAGUUUCUGAGUUAGGAAAAACUAUAGAGGCUUUCACUGACUUAGAGUCCCAAUUGUCCACUCUCAGCUGCAGAAUUUCUAGAGAAUGCUGUAAGGAAGUGAGACCAGUGCCUUUAACAAGAUAUUUGAGCACAGAUUCAGACAUGAACCAUUCAAACAACAAAACACUUAAAAAAUCCCCUACCGAAGAUCAAGCCAUACCAAAAAGUAAUGUGACUGGUGACAGUCAUGAAACACAACAGAUAAAUCUAGUAGAUACUGAAAUUUGUACCCCUGUAACAACUUAUAAUGAAUUAAACCUCAGUGAUGACGAGGCUGAACAAGGAAAUCCACCUGAGCUAGUAGUGAGACCUAAAAUAAAGCAAAAUCCCAGAAGCCGGUUGGAGAGAGAGACUCAUCUGUCUGGUGAUGAUGAAGAAAGCAAAAGCACUUCUAAUAGGGGAAGUGAAACUGCUAAAAUCCAGCAAGGCUAUGAUAAGCGUACAUGGAGAAACGACAACGAAGAAUUGAGUUUUGCUAUGUUCCUCAAAUCCGAAGAGUACACAGAUUCUCAAAAGAACACUAGCACAGACCUAAGGAGAGACACAACAGCUCAAGAACAAAAUGAUGACUUAAACGACAGCAAUUUUUGGGAUGCGCUUGAAUGCUGCAGCAGACACUUACCACAGCCCCUCAAAGAUGAAGACAGCUCAGAAUGUAGUGAUGGAGAAUGGUCUGCAUCUGGGCCUUUUUGUUUUGCUGCUGCAGCGAAGUCCGUAAGUGAUGAGAGCUGGGGGACGCUCCCAGGCAGGGAGGAACGUGAGCCUGAAGAGGUAGAAGUGUAUAUAGGCUCUGGUUUAGGUGGAAGGGAACUCCCACCUUUGGAGGAAGUGGAGUUUCCUUUUUUACAGUACCCUGAAGAAAGUAGCAGUGAUGAGGAAAAUCAUCUAGUUAGUGAAUUUGUGCAUCCUGGCUUAUUUAUUUUGGAUGGAAACAACAACCUUGAGGAUGACUCCAGUGUGAGUGAGGACCUGGAUGUGGAGUGGAGACUGCUGGAUGAGUUUAAUGAAGGCCUAGGAGUUGCUCAAGCCAUUUCAUCUGUGGACCCCCAGUUUAUCACGUAUGUGGCACUAGAGGAACGCUUAGCACAAGCUAUGGAGAACGCUCUGGCACAUUUGGAAUCUCUUGCAGUUGAUGAUCAACAGGCGCAUCCACCAGCUCCUAAAGAAAGCAUAGAUUGUCUGCCACAGAUUAUCAUCACAGAUGACCGUAAUGGUCAAGACCAGUGUUGCUGUACUAUCUGCUUCAGUGAAUAUGUGAAAGAUGAAAUCAUAACAGAGCUACCCUGUCAUCAUUUGUUUCACAAGCUCUGUGUCACUCUUUGGUUACAGAAGUCGGGAACAUGCCCUAUUUGUCGCCACGUGCUUGCACCCGUGGAUCCUUAAACAGCUGCUACAACUGCUCCCUUUCUAUCUGAUAAUGAAUCUUCCAUCUUCUGUUCAGAAUGUUACAAGAGCUCCAAACUCUAGCAUCUGAAAUGAAGUCUCCUUCGCCAAAAUAAAAAUGUUAACUUUGCCUGUUAAAUUACAAAAAAAAAGAAAAAACAAUUAUAUAUAAAAUAUUACAUGUAAAAUACUUCAUAUGUUAUAUAUUUAAGUUUAAGAAGAAGAUGCUAGAAUUUAUAAACUUAUUUAGGUUUGCAAUACUUUAAAUUUCUAAAGUCUGAAGCUUGUAUUAUGAUAAAUUUGUCCAAACAGAUAAUUAAUGUGGCACUGCCUCUCUAAGUUUCUGCAACUGCAGUGCAGUUGUAGCUUACUGAAGUUAUGCUUAUCUGUUUUUCACAACUGAUCUAUUUGCUAAUGACUGACUGUAAUGGAUGUCUUUUUUACAUCAAAUGCAAAGAUCUUCUUUGACAACAGUACAGUUUGGUUUCACUGGAAAUAAGUUUCACCGAGAAACGCUAUCUUACCCCUUUAUUCUAUAUAAACUUUCUUCAUACUAUCAGAAAUACUGUUAUAUUGCUGAUACCUGGACUUUUUUUUACAAAUGCUAAUACUAUUUUUAAGACUAGGUCCUGAAUAAGUAUAUGAACUUUGGAACUUCAAUACACGAUAUUCUUAAUUUCUAAGAGGCUGAAUCCAUAAAAGCUGGGCAGCUGUUUCCUUCAAGUUCUGCUUAAAUUCCACUGUAUUAAGUAGGUCUCCUGCACUUUCUCCUUCAUGCACACCCUCUCACUAUUAGAUGUAUUUAUUUUUUCUUAUAUGUAAGGGGUGGGUUUACUUUCCUAAAACAGUUGUAAUUAAAAUAUUUUUCUUUUGGAGUCUUAAAUCUGAACAAAGUAGUAAGAACAUUACCUACCUAAUAGCCAUGUAUUCAAAUGUAUUUUUCAAUUAAGAUAACUCCAAUGAAGCUAUUUCAGAAAUUAAAGAAUGUUUCUAGCGUUUGUACUUGUUUCAGUAGGUUAUGCUAUACUUAAUGUUCUAAAGGAGAAAAGACUAGUUUCUAGAACGUAUUUCUCUAAAUAAUACUAUAUGUCCCUUAAAGUUUUUUUUGUAUACUGAAGUUACUCUUAGAGUGCAGGAAGUUAAGAUUUUGAUCUGUGGAUAUGUACUAAUACCUGUGCAAAUCUCUUCUGUGGCUCUUGGAUAGACAUGUGAUUCCUGCAGUGGGAAUAAUAUAAAAGGGAUCGUGUCCAAACAGUCAUAAAACAAUUAGUUUCUUCCAGUAACUAUUAGCUUGAAUGAAGCUCUUGGAAAGGAAGAGUGAUUGAGAAAGCAUUACAGUAGCUCUUCCUUAGUGCUUAGAUUAUUGCUGUCAUCAGUGUCAUUCCUUACAAAUAUAUCUUUUUUUUUUUUUUUUUUCUUUAAAUAGUGGUCAAAGACAGUAACACUUGUUUUAUUUUGAGGGAUACACUCUAGUGUAGUUUUUGGAGUGCAGCAGAACAAAGAAUGGAUAGCAGCUGACAUUGGUAUAUUCAUGAGAAUUCAGAUGAUGCAGUUCCAAACUGAGGAGUACAAGGAAACGCCAACAAUUGGAUAUUGGUGAAAAGUGGUAGAAGCAUGGUUAGUACAGCUCCUUAUUUUUUGUAGUAAAACUCUAUAGUCCCUGCAGUUGCCAUCAGCAGGAUUGGGGAAAAUGUGACAAGGAACAUAUGCUGAACAUAUGCUUACAGGCAUGCUCACUGGGACACUUCAUUCUCUUCCAAGAAGCACUAUAAUUUUUCCAUAUCUCUAUUAGAAACCAGUGCUGAAUGAUCUGUAACUACCCAGUACUCCAGAUGAUAAAGAGUUAAUGCUGCCCUUAAUGUUGUUCCAGGAUCUUUAGGGGAUGUAGGUACAUUUCAGACAAAGUAUAAAUGAAGACAUUCAUAUUCCCAGCUGGGGGAGGAAGCAGACCAGCAGAAGGGUGAGUUUUACUGCCUAAUAAUAUCAGACUUGUUCUUGAGGGUGUUAUCAGUAGCUUCACUCUGCAGCAACUGCAGGUACUUAAACCAGUCUGUGUUCUGUUUCAGUCUGGACAGUACAGUAUAGCACAGCGUGCAGGUCUUCGUUUAAUCCCUUAAGAACAGUGUUUUGUAAAGAGGAUUACUCCAGCUUCUGGGGCAAAAUCUGGAAGUGCUCUUGCUAGUUUGAUUCCAGGCUUACCCAGUAGUGUUGAGUUAAGAAAGAAGCAGCUGUUGGGCUUUUUCCCUCCUUGUCUAUUGCUGGCCUCAGUACUGGAAUCUUCCAAUUUGUAAACAACCAAUAAAAAACUGCCUGAGAAUGUGUUCAAAGCUUUGUUUGUUCAAAUUUAACUUGAAUGUAGAGGCAUCACUUACAGAUGAAAGACCUUCAGCAGGGUGUCUGAAAAGUAUAUGUUAGGUCAUGCUCAGGUUCCCAGAAUUGUCCUGCAACACCUAGGAAGAAUCAUGAUCCAGAAAUUUGGAUUAUUUGUCCAAAUGUUUGACUUUUUGGUAUAUAAAAUUGCAUCAGAUUGCUGUGCAGACUAAGUGGUUCAUGCUUCAAAUUUAAAAUUGUUUGGUUAAAGUGGGCCUAGUUCAUCUGAAGGCCUUGCAAAGUAUAAUGUUUUCCUAAGAAAAAAAUUAAAAAAAAAAAUAAUUUGCUCAAAGGGAGUUCUCUGGUAAACUUUCUAGCUACUGGAAGAAAAUGUUUGCUAUGUCAUGUAAAACCAAAUAUUCAAGGGGAAUGAAGAAGCAAAUGUUAAAAACAAGCUUGCUACUACUAAAUGUUUGUAUUGUCUUUAUAUGCACUGGUAAACUGGAAGCAUCUACAUUAGAAGUCUAAAGGAGACCAUAACAGUGGAUAGACAAAUUACCUAUUUAGAAUAAUUUCUAAGAAAUCCAAAAAUCAUUGUGCAAAAAGUUUCUUCAUGAUGCAAAUUGUUUAUUAAACAUAAUAAAGCACUUUCUUUCUGAAUUCAAAA